UCAAGCCGCACGGUAUUGCUGCCAUGAGCUACUACUACUCAUCUGCGUCCGAGGAGGACUGCAGCUCCCAGUACUUGGGCAGUCCGAACUACAAUUUAGCUUCGUUGCCAGGACCAUCGCAGGAUUACGGCCCAUCGGCCUUCCUCUCGCCCGACUGGACAUUCCUGGAUGCUUCCGUGGGGAAUGGUUUGGAGCUACCUCCCGCAUCCUCCGCUUCUGUAGCUUCCUUGGAGAAUCAAUCGCCAAGUGAAAAUACCAACCUUAUAAGCCGCAAGCGCCGCAGCGAUAGCUCUAUAGGAUCGGAUAUCCCGAAAAGUAGUCCAGUUGGCCAGAAUACUGUCCUAAGUCCCACCGUCCAAAAGCGAAGACGCCAGGCGGCCAAUGCCCGGGAAAGGAAGCGAAUGAAUGGACUGAACGAGGCGUUCGACCGCCUGAGGGAGGUGGUGCCCGCCCCCUCCAUAGACCAGAAACUAUCCAAGUUCGAGACUCUCCAGAUGGCCCAGUCCUAUAUCCUGGCACUGUGCGAUCUCCUCCAGAAUGGUGAUGUGGAGGUAGACGCAGCUGCCUAUACGAUUUUCGGUGAUGGUGAUGGAAGUUUUGGAUUAAACGGAACCCCCUUGUCAUAGUUGGAU